AUGGAACCUGCCCAACUGAUUUUUGAAGAAUGGGAUUCUCUUAGUGGACAGUACACAGCUGAGGAAGCUGAUUUCAUGACUCAGUUCCUUUGUGAUAAUACAAAUACCAAUUUUGACAUGCCAUCAUCAUAUUUUCCUUCAAAUGUUUCAAAUGCUAACUUUAUGUGUUUUUCCCAAGGGAGUAGCACUAGCACUGAUAAAACUGCUAAUAUCUUUUCUACCAACACAUGUGAUUUGGCAACAAGCAUUGAUUCAUUGUCUAUGUUUUUUUCCUUGGAAGAUGCCAAAUUUAGUCCACAAUAUUUAGAUGAUAGUUUAAGCAAACAGGUAAAUUAUGAAUGCAUUGAUAAAGGGUCAGUUUUAGAGCUGGUUCAUGCUAAGAACAAUUUGCAGGCUAAGAUGGAGCAUGAUCAUGAAAUGAUGAUGGUUUCUGAACCUCCUUCAGAAGAGGAUAGUAGCCAAAACAUAGAGAACUCUGCAAAAAGAUUUAGGAGCUCAAUAGAGGUCUCAGAAAACAUGAGGAAUGUUAGAAAGUGUCCAAAAUCUGCUUAUACGAACAACAAUGAAAAUGGCAUACAGUGGCACGGGUUCAGCAACUGUUUUUCUAAGGUUGACUCAAAUGCUUAUGUGGAGCUAAAUGGAAGAACAUCUCCAAGUCUAAGCCCAAAAAAACCUGAAGCACCUAAUUUAUGUAAAAAAUCAAGAGCAACAAAUGGUCCUGCCACUGAUGCACAAAGCAUUUAUGCUAGAAGGAGAAGAGAAAGAAUAAAUGAAAGGUUGAGAAUCUUACAAACCCUUGUCCCAAAUGGAACCAAGGUUGAUAUUAGCACAAUGCUUGAGGAAGCUGUCCAAUAUGUGAAGUUUUUGCAACUUCAAAUUAAGGUUCUGAGCUCUGAAGAUAUGUGGAUGUAUGCUCCAAUUGCUUAUAAUGGAAUUAACAUUGGAUUAGAUCUCAGCUUUAAUUAAAAGAAGAUAAUUAUGUGAUCAUGAUAGCAUAGCAAUUAAAGAGGAUGUAAUGUAACAUUUCAUAGCAUAGACUCUUGUUUUAUGAUAUUUAGUUUAAGAGUCGUGCUGCUAACAUGUGUCAUAAAGACAUUAGUGUAAAGUUAUUAGAGACUUGCCGAUUAAUCAAGUCUCAUGGUCCGGUGGUUGUAAGGUCAAUCCUAGAACACUCUAGGAUCUACAAAGCGUUCAAAUUCGAUUUUUGAUGGUGUCGGUCAUGGGUUGAGACAAUGAUUGGUCUUUGUUUGAAAGCUUAAUCAAACAAGCCUCAUUUUAAUUUUGAGCAGCCAAGAAGAGUUAAUUCUAAUACUUGAGUCCUUCAUCUGCA